UUGAAAGUUUCCAAUAGACUAUGAUCAUCUAUGAUUGGCAGAACGGUAACCGGUUUUCUUUGCCGUUUCCGAAUACUCUCUCGUCACAUUAUCCAGAGAAGUACAAAUUACAUCGGUAUGAAGUUUCAAGGACCAGAGGCUCGACGUGACACAAGUGUUAUCGAUGACUACAAUGGUACCAAGAUAGCGGACCCUUACAAGUGGCUGGAGGACCCUGACUCGGAGGAAACCAAGGCAUUUGUUGAUGCCCAAAAUGACCUGUCUAAACCAUUCCUGGACCAGUGUCCUGUCAGGGAAAAACUCCAUUCCAGGAUCAAAGAAAUGUGGGAUUAUCCAAAGUUCAGCUGUCCUUACAAAAGGGGAGACAACUUUUACUACUACCACAACUCAGGGUUACAGAACCAGAGCGUCAUGUUUGUUCAAGACUCUGUAAAAGGAGAGCCCAGAGUUUUUCUCGACCCUAACGCUCUGUCUGAAGAUGGAACAAUUUCUCUCCGGGGUACCGCCUUCUCAGAAAAGGGAAAAUACUUUGCGUAUGGACUCAGUACAAGUGGAUCUGAUUGGAUAACCAUUAAGUUUAAGGUUGCACCUAGUGCUGAAGUUCUACCAGAUGUUUUGGAGAGGGUCAAGUUUUCCAGCAUGGCUUGGACACAUGAUGAGAAAGGUCUCUUUUAUAAUCGCUACCCAGAACAGGAUGGUAAAUCUGAUGGGACUGAGACUACCUCCAACCUCCACCAGAAACUCUAUUAUCAUAGGCUAGGAACCAACCAGUCAGAAGAUGUGUUAGUGGCAGAAUUCACAGACAAUCCACAAUGGAUGAUAGGCGCGGAGGUGACAGAAUGUGGGCGUUACCUUGUGCUGGCGAUAUCUGAAGGCUGCGACCCUGUCAACAGACUGUACUAUGUUGACCUUGAAGGCCUGAAGGACGGUAUCAAUGGACUCCUUCCUUAUGUCAAGGUUGUAGACAACUUUGAUGCUGAGUAUGAGUACAUCGUAAAUGAAGGAACUGUUUUAACAUUCAAGACAAACCUGAAUGCUCCACGAUACAAACUCAUCAACAUCGACUUGUCUCGGCCUGACAUGGAGCACUGGACGACCCUGGUGGAAGAGGACGAGAAGAGUGUUCUAGAGUGGACAGGCUGUGUGAACACCAAUAAACUAGUCAUGUGUUACCUGGAGGAUGUCAAGAAUCGACUGUUCAUCCACAACUUAAAUACAGGUGCCAGAGAGGCCCAGCUUCCCUUGGAUGUAGGCACAAUAGCAGGCUACUCCGGCAAACGCAAGCAUACUGAGAUAUUUUACCAAUUUGUGUCGUUCCUGACACCUGGCACAAUCUUUUGCUGUGAUGUGACAUCAGAUACAUACAGUCCAGAGAUUUUCAGAAAUAUUGAAGUGAAAGGAUUUGAUUUUAGUCUCUUUGAAACUAAGCAAAUAUUCUACAGCAGUAAGGAUGGAACAAAGAUCCCCAUGUUUAUUAUACACAGAAAGGGCCUGGAGAUGGACGGUAACAACCCUGUGAUGCUGUAUGGUUACGGGGGAUUCAACAUCUCCAUCUCACCUAGUUUCUCUGUAUCCCGACUAGCCUUUAUACAACACAUGGGAGGCGUGUACGCUGUGGCCAACAUCAGGGGCGGCGGAGAAUACGGAGAAACAUGGCACAAAGGUGGAAUGUUGGGGAACAAACAAAAUGUGUUUGAUGAUUUCACAUCAGCAGCAGAGUACCUGGUGGAAAACAAAUACACACGUCCCAGUCGCAUCGGCAUAAAUGGUGGAUCUAACGGGGGUCUUCUAGUGGGGGCGUGUUGUAACCAGCGACCAGAACUGUUCGGAUGUGUCAUAGCACAAGUUGGAGUGAUGGACAUGCUGAAGUUCCACAAGUUCACCAUAGGUCAUGCAUGGACGACAGACUUUGGAUGUGCUGACAAGCCAGAGGAGUUCAAGUGGCUCAUCAAAUACUCUCCUCUCCACAACAUCAGAGUGCCGGACGGUGAUGCCCAGUACCCAUCCGUCCUUCUCCUUACAGCUGACCAUGAUGAUCGUGUUGUGCCGCUACACUCUCUGAAGUUCAUCGCUGAGCUCCAACAUGUCAUGAGAUCAUGUGAUAAACAGACUAACCCACUGAUGAUCCGUGUAGACACAAAAGCAGGACACGGAGCAGGCAAGCCUACUGCUAAAGUGAUUGAGGAAAUAGCAGAUGUGUAUAGCUUUGUAUACCAGACAAUGGACCUGCAGUGGAGAGAUUAAGGGGAGGCAACUCAUUAUCAACCUGCCUUAUCUACAUAAGUCUUGAACCACGUACUGGGCCUGGAGUGGAAAGAUUAAGAGGCGAUACCAUAUUAUCAAACUGCCUUAUCUAAAUAAAUCUUGAAGACCCAGAUGAGGGAUGCGAGUGGAGAGUACAGGGAGACAACUCAUCAUCAGCAUGUACCUUCUUAAUAGACUCGGGCUUUAUAUGACAAGAUUUAUUUCCUUAAGGAAUUCAAAGAUUUUUACACUUAAUGACUACUUUUGCAGCCAUCUUGGACUUUUCUUCAUUUCAUGAGAUAGGACAUUAUGAUUUUUGUUUUAUUAUGUAUUUUGUCAGAAUACAUCUGUGUGAUUGUUUGUCAAGUGUCCCAUCAACAUCUACAUAAAAUAAAACUACUCAGAAUAGUAUCAGCCCUGUAUGCAUGGAUUUAACAGUAUAACCAGUACAAACAGCUCAAACAGUGCUAUGACAAGGGGAAGCAACUUUUGUAGUGAUAGCGAACUAACCCCACUGGGACCAAUAGAUCUGUCAAUAGUAAACACGUUUUUAUCUAGAUAACACUGGUUCUUUUAACAUAUCAUGAUGUAGUUUUUCAGGAUUUUGUUUUUAUUAGUGUCCAAUAUUUUCAAAUUGGGAACAAAAACAUAUUUAUAUUGCUUUCAGUUCACCCAUUGCUGUACGCAGUAUAACUACUAAAUAUUCAUGACAAACAGCCAAACUUUACAUAUACUUCCAUCAUUACAGUUCUCAGGCUAGGUUUGAAGAUGUCUCAUUUCAGUAAGUAUGUAGUAACUUUUGUAAUCGAUACAUGAAUCUGUAGUGUAUGUCAAUGAUCCUGAUCCAGUUCUGAACAUCGGUGCACAGGUGAUACACAAGUUUUUUUGCGUCAAGAGUGCAUGUGUACAUUGUAGUUUGAAACUAUUGGAGAGUAAACAUAAAACAAGGGUAACAGUGUAUGAAAUGUUCACUGUAUAACAUAUAAGUGUGAUUAAUAGAUAUUUUUGUAUUUCUUCUUUGUUUAUGAGUUUUUCAUUAUGUAUAUGCACUGUUUUUAUUCCAGUCAACAAACCUCUGUAAAUAAAACAUUUCUACAAAU